UCCCAAUCGAUCCGCCAUAUCAACUCCUGGUGUUCACUGGGGGCAGCCGAGCCGCCGGUUGGUUGGGUUGUAGGCAGCGCGCGUUGAGUCAGAGUGGAGGGAACAGAGAAGAAAAAAAAGAGAGCCAAAGCCACCAACGACGGCAACCGGCCUGUGGAACCAGAACUAGAAGACCUGCCACAGUUUGCCUCAGCUUCAACGGCGGUUUCUGUGGAGAGGUUCGGGACUGCAUUUUUCCCGCUGCAGCGUCAGUUACUAUGUGCAACUCGAUGUGUGCGUACGUUCACAAGUUUGCUCUGUGCACAAUUUGCAUUCUGGUGUUCAGUGCGUUUUGGUGGUGUUUCUGUUGUUGCAUCUAUAGCGCGAUGCUGAACAUCCGCAGUGACGAAAGCUGGGACUAAGUUCACUACAGCUUCCAAGCUACCAAGAAAAUAACUUACCGAGUGCCUCUUUAGAAGUAAUGCUUCGAAACAGGGAACGAGAGGGAGAUAGAUAACAGUGCUGAAGUAACAAGAAGUUGAAAAGUUCAAAGAAGAUUUGUGAAGAGAGAUGUUGAUGAAGAAAUUCGCGACUCGCUGACGGUCGUUUGCCAUUCGCGUGGAGAUAGUGAGUGCGCUGGGCAGUGUUUUUGUUGGCAUUCUGUUUUGUACCCAUGCUUCCGCUCGCAGCGCCCAACAAACGGAUGGAAAUUUAAUGUGAAGUUGUUACAGUUGAAGGUCGUUCUUCUUGGCAGUCGGAUUGUCGGAUCUCUCUCGACGCAUUCUUGGCGCACUUCACGGUGCACAAAGAAAGCAAGGGAAACAAAUUCCCAACCCCAAUGCAACUGGUCAUUGCCAACAUCAUCCGGCAGAACUGUGUGGAUGUGCGGUAAGCGACGGACGCGCGAGAGGAAGUGCUGCAUCUCAAGUGUGCGAAUCGCUGGUGCUGAAAAUUCGUUCUUUGCAUCGCUCAAAAUCCCAUGAUAUGCAUUAAUCCGGCCGUUUUGUUUGUGAAGAGCUUUACAUUUUCGUGAAUUUCUGUGCUCCCUUCUUGCAUCCGAAAGCUUACAGUUUGAUCGUACGACGGUUUUCGAUUCAUUUUUUGUUGUUUUUGCUGCGCUCCCUCAAGUGCUGUUGCGCGCGAUUUUGGAUUGGAUGUUUACAGGUUUAUGAGCACGCGGGCGGAAAAAAAAAAAGAAAAAGUAGUGAACAGAUUGCAAUUUGGUUUUACAACUUUUAUGCUGCUGAAAUUGAAUUGAAUUGUUCCGCGAUCUCGACAUCAAGCUUUAUUCGGCGAUUAUUCGCGCGCCCGAUGUGAAAGUUGAUCCGUGAAAAUCGCUGAAAGGGGGAAGUGGCGAAGCGAAGUGAAAAAGGUGAAGGUGGAAAGGUAGCGUCAGUCGAGGGUUAUCAACGGUGAAAGAGAAUGAGUGUUCCAAGCGUGUAGUUUCGCGAUUGCCAAAUCCGCUCGGGAAAACAGUGAGAGAAGCGAUAUCUAACAGUAUCCCGACGGCAUCCAGAACAUCAUCGGCACUACCAGACUCAAUAGGGAGCAAAACUUUCUCCACGAGGAGCAGAAUAACGCUACGCUGCGCAUAAAACUGGCCAAUCUCGGCACCACACUUCCGUCUCGAAUGAAAAAUGUUCACCCUGUCCAAGCUGUCCGAUGAAGAUGACCCGUCACCAAGUGGGAGCAACGGCACUGGUAGCACCAGUGGAAAUGCAGCUAGCACCGGUCCCAGCAGUAGCCCCACCACGCUCGACCCAUCCGGAUCAUCGGCAGUGACGGCUGCCAGUCCGACGGCGUGGAACCUAGAGCUUGAUCUACCGAUGAUCGAAGAGGACAUGCAGGUGAUCGAUACGAUCGAUCAAAGUUACUGGAAUGGGAAAUUCGUACCACCUCCACCGAGACCACCUUUUCUGGAGGAAUCGAUUGCCCCCGAUGGACUAACCACCUGUGAUCUGUGCAGUUGGGCCUGGCAGGACAAAGGGACACUCUCGCUGGAUGGUGCGAUAAAGGAAAUUUUCUCCCCUCCAGAUACCAAGGAGUUCAGUUGGACCUUCACGUUGGUGGUAGUGUCACUUACAUCCGCCCUGCUCGGUGCCAUAAUUAUGAUAGUGUUUCUUAGAUGUAAGAGGGUACGUGCCAAUCAGAACGGCAUACGAACGCUGUGUUUCGAUUCGAGUAGCACGAAAGACACGACGGGGCUGAAUUUUGACAAUCAAACGUCCAAAAACUCCACCAAUGGAUCCUGUAGCCCCCGGAGUACGAAUUCCGGCCUGUGGACGUGGUUUAGCAGUCGGAAGAACCUGGCGACUCCGGAUCAGUUGGUCAAUUCGCAUACACUGCCGGUGGAGAACCAUUACACCCACAUGGAUGACAACAACUACAAUCCGGUCCAAAUCGAUGAGGCGUCGUACGCCGAGGUGGGUAACGAGAUGGGCCCAUCGGAAACCAACUCGUACAAGUCGAGCUCCGUGCAUCAUGGAGGCGACAAUGACGUCCUGAUUAUGAACUGUCCACUACCAGCUAUACCCACCGGAUCGCACAGCGGCGGAGCGAGUGGCUCGGGCAGUGCCUAUUACUCAGGUUUGCUAAACAGUGCCAACAUGCCGAGGGACGAGGACGAGGACGAGCGGCCGUACGAAAUCGUGGACCUCAAGGAGAUGUCUUCGCCCCACAAAAGUCACAAUGUACAAAGUCAUCUGCUGAACGAGACCAACAAUUUGCUCACCAUUGAGAAUCACCCCGAAAGCCUACCGGAGGGAACGAUUUCGGCAUCCGAUUAUGUUUAAUUCCGUUAGGCUGUUAGAGCUUUAAGUUUCUUGUGUACAUUAUCAGUUCAAAUUAUCGUAAGAGGAGAGGAAGUUCUCAUUCAUAUAGUGAUUAUCUUUUGUGCAUAGUAUUCUUCCAUAGCAGUGUGUAUUUAUUGCGCGAAAUGACAUAAUUUUGAAUUUAUUUAUUUGAAAGCGCUAAUGAAUCUUGAUCGAAAACGAUAUCAAUCUGAGCUUAAGCACCUUAAUCGUGCAAACGGAGAACUUUUUAACGAGUCUGAUUAUGAAACAUUCCGUCACAGAGUUGUACACCUCCCUGACGCCCAACGUAGAAUUGUGUGAUCCUUUGUAGCCUUAGAAGCACCACCACAGUAGCGAAAUUAGACUAGUAGGGAAAUUGUAUUUAAAUGUAAAACAUUUUGAUAUUACGCUACAUUUUGGGAAACAACAACAACAACGAGAAUCGAACUCAGUAGAGUCUUUACAACUUUUAACAUUUUUAAACGAGUUAAUGAACCUUGUACAACCUCCUAGUCGUAAGCAGUGAACAAUCAUAUUUGAAUUCCAUUCGCAAAUGGUUCUAUCUAUGGAGAAAGAUUGAGUGCGCCGCAACGCGUUGCAUUGAAUCGAUGCUUGAGAAAGCCUAAAAUCAAAAUUGAACAAAUUAUUCCAGCCAGAUUGGCUCAAAACAGCACAUUUACUCAAUAAAAAAAACGAUUUUUGAAAGAAGUAUUUCUCUCUUGAAAAGAUAAUCUUCAACAUAAUCCGACUGCCACCUUUGCCUUACACUUUUCAUUGUCCGUCUUUCGUGGGGUCCGCAGUACCUCAGUACCAAAUUAAUCUAAACCAGCUAUACUCAACAUGCAGCCCGCGGCACAUGUUUGGUCCAGUGGUCUCUUCCGGUGUUACUUUCACGCUUGCUUUAAAACAA